AGAAAUGUAAACAAAGGAAAUAUUUAAUUUCACAUUGCAAAGUUUGCAUUUUAAUAACAUUAUUCAAAAAUGACAAGAUGGCUGUGGCAAUACCGCUUUCUGUUUAGUAGAUUGGGUUUUUAAAUACGUGAUGGUGUCAAUUUUAUUAAUAUAAAUAUAUAUGUUGAGUAAUAAAUAAGUGGAUUGCAUGAUCUUUGUUGAUAAUUAAUUCAUCGUAAUCAAUGCAAUAAUAAAACGAGUGAAUAAAGAACAAAAUAUGGCAAGACAAUCGUACAGUAUUGUUGAGUAUUAUGGUGAACAGGAUGGAUAUAAAUGUGGUUAUUGUAAAAGCCCAAACACAAAUUUCAGUCAUGGUAUGGGCACACAUAGAUUGACUGUUCAAGAUUACCAAGCUCUAGUAGAUAGAGGUUGGAGAAGGUGUGGUACUUAUUGCUACAAAUCUACUAUGGAUCAAACAUGUUGCCCAAUGUAUACAAUUAAAUGUGAAGCAUUACAAUUUAAAAUUUCUAAAUCACAAAAAAAGGUUUUGAAAAGAAUGGCAAAGUUUUUAAGAAAUGAAUUACAUAAAGAUGACACUAUGGAUACGUAUGAUGGAGAUUUUCGUAAUAACAUUGAUAUUGAAGAAAUUCCUAAUCACAGUAAGCACUUUUUAAAAGUUGACAAAGAUAUUUCUGAUAUGAAUGUGAAAUUUAUUAAUGAUGAAGUUAAUGCAAGGUUACGUCCUAGCACAUCAGAUAAAGAACAGAAAAAGCGUGAUCUAGAAAAUAAAAAACAUAAUACUGAAAGUAUACCUGCUGCAUCAAGUUAUAACAAUGAUUCUCAUAGUACACCUCAAAGUCUACAAUCUGUAGAAAUGAAUCCUACUCGGAUACCUUGUAUGAAAGCAAAGCUUUUACGUAAACAACGAAAGCAAAACAAAUUAAUGACACAAGGAAAAACUCAGGAAGAAAUAGAAGCUAUUUUCAAAGAAAAUAAACAAGAAAACCAGGCUAAAAGUUUAGAGCAAAUAUUUGAUGAAGUUUAUAAUGGAACCAACAGAUUAGAGCUGAAACUAGUUAGAACUUCACCAAUGAGCUCUGGAUAUUUAAAUACCUCGAAACAAUCUUAUGAGGUAUAUAAAAAAUAUCAAACAACAAUACAUGGAGUUCUAGCAGAAAAGGUUACAGAGAUGCAAUAUAUGGGAUUUCUUGUGAACUCACCUUUGCAGCCAUGGACACCAGAUGAUGGACCACCAAGUGGAUAUGGUUCUUUUCAUGAACAAUAUUGGUUAGAUAAUGAAUUAAUUGCAGUUGGUGUGAUAGAUAUUUUACCAUCUUGUGUUUCAAGUGUUUACUUUUUUUAUGAUCCGGCUUAUUCUCAUCUCUCACUUGGCACAUUUAGUUCACUUCGAGAAGUUUAUUUAACAAGACAAUUAAAUAAAGUUGCAAAAGAUCUGAAAUAUUACUACAUGGGAUUCUACAUACAUUCAUGUCCUAAAAUGCGAUACAAGGCACGAAUGAGACCAUCAAAACUAUUAUGUCCUGAAACUUAUGCGUGGUUUGAUAUUGAACCGUGUUUAUUAAAAUUAGAUAAACAAAAAUAUAGCAGACUGAAUGAUGAUAUUGAUGCUAUUAACGAGGAUAAUAUAGUUGAUAUUCGUAAGGUAUUAAUUUUGUAUCGGCAAAUUGCGAUGCCGUAUGAAAUCUAUAAAAAACAAGCUCAAACCAUCACGCAAGAUGAAGAAGAUGAGAUUAAAGAAUAUACUAGUUUAGUUGGCAUGAAGUGUGCACAGAGAUUGUUACUUUAUCGCUGUUAAAGUAUGCAAAAGGUUUUAACUUAUUUAUGAAAACAAUCGUGUAUUUUAUCAAAAGACGAAUUGGAAUCUUAUUAUGGAUAAUUAUUAGUAAGUGAAAUUAAUAAAAUUAAUAGCUUCAAAUAAAGUAUUUGUGAUGAUAAGUGUGUAAUUAAUGAAUUCUUAUCAAAUAAAAGUGAUUCUUUUCAUGCUA